AUGUGGUGUCCAUGGGGUUCUUCAAAAUCCGAUUACAGAAGUAAUAUAGAAAAACUCCAAGAGGACGAAGAACAAUGCAGAAAACGUCUUGAAUCCUACACUGAUAAAAUAUUUAAAGAUUCCAAGCUUCACCUGAGAUCAAUUCACCUGAUAUCCAACACAGAGGAUGAAGAAGAUGCUUUUGGAAAAUUGAGGAAUGAUAUAUUUGCCAUAGCAAAGAGUAGCGCAAAUUGGAAUCGAGAAUACCCUGUUAAAUUUAUUCAGAUGGAAAAAGCCAUCAACUCUGAACUUACGAUCGGAAAACAAAUAAUUUCUUUUGAAAGAGUAAAAGAACUAGGUGAGAAAAUACCACUUCCGAUAACUGAUGACAAGGAGCUUCAUCUCUUUCUCAGGUAUCAACAUGAAAUAGGUAACGUGAUAUUUUUUGAAGACAUUCCGUCAUACAUCAUACUUGAUCCCCAAUGGUUGGCAAAUGCCUUUACAUGCAUUGUUACAGCCCAGCAGUUUCAACUGGAAUUACCACACUUACAAUGGGACAACUUCAAACAAACAGGAAAGAUGGAUCCUAAGCUAUUGGAAGAAAUAUUCAAGAAACAAUCAGCAGACAUGAGAAUUCAUAAAGAGCAUAUACUGGAAGUAAUCGAAAAGUUUGACAUUAUCAUCUAUCCAUUGCUACUGAAGGAAAGUGGAAAUGUACAAAGGGAGCAUAGUUUUUUUUACGUUCCAUGCAUGCUUCAAACAUUAAAAAUUAAGGAUAUUGAUGUAUUGUUUAACGUUCCAAAUGCUAGCAAAUCUACAUGUUUGUGUUUUGUCUUUAGUUUUUUACCGCCGUAUCUAAUCAGCAAUCUGAUUGUCUCUUGUCUACGAGAGUAUUCUUUAGCAGUGGUACAGGGCGAGAUAGGUCUCUUCAAGGAUUGUUGUGUAUUCAAUAUUGACAGAACUGGCUGUGCAAAAUUUGUAUUAGCAAAGAGUAGUCAUAUGAUUCAGCUGCAAGUAUGGCAAUGGAAUGAAGUAGAUACAAAGAUUAACCAAGCUGUUUUAAAAAUUGUCGAAAGAGAAAUCAACAGAAUUGUCAACACACGAUACAAGUUGAAAACGGUAUCUUUAGAGAAAAAAUGGAAGUGUGAGAGCACCAGUUUCUCCUUUGACACAGGAUUCUUUGAAUUUGAUCAAGUACAUGAUGGGGAAAAUUAUUAUUGCAAAGAACAUGCGACAACUCAUACAUAUAAAGACUAUUGGUCUGGUGAGAAAUCAAAGGCUCCCGUUAGAUUAAGUAGUGAGGAACAGAAUUACGUCAGAAUGUCAAAGAUAGUUCUAGAGGUAUUAUCAGGCGUUUUAUACGAUCGCUUAUUCUUAGAUACAAAGACUGGAGAAAUACUUGAUCGUAAAAAGUUGGACAUAACAGAAAUGUGUAAGAAAUAUUGUGCUUUAAAAAUAAACUUUCCAAGUCAAGGCUUUAGGAAAAUAGAAAAGGUUGACGAGAUUUCUACCACUGAAACUACUAUUGGUGACGACAUUCAACGGAUACGUGUGAUCAGAAAUGAAAUGCAGCAUUCUUCUGUCUUUGCAUUAGAUGACGCACGAUACAAAACACUAAUCAAAAUAGUUCGUGCUAUGCUAACUAGAUUUGAUCAGUGUAACAAUCCAGCAGGUGAAUCCUACGUAAAACGAUUAGACGAAAUCAGGAAAAUGGAAUUAGAGACCAGGAGUUUUGAAGAGAUAAAAGAACGAAUGAAAGCAGGAUUGAUAGAACAGAGAGAAAAGAUUCAUGCAGUUGUCGAUAGUGUGGUAUCUGAUGCUUUGAACGAUAUUUGUUAACUCAUUUUUGGUAUUCACCAUUUGCGGUCAAUGGGAUAAAUAUUGAAUAUGUGAAAAAUUGGCAUAAUGAAAAAUGUAAUGAACUACUCAAACUAUAAUUUACUAAUUAAAUUGACAAAAAAGUCAAUGGUAAACAAUAAAUAUAAACAAGAAGAUGCGGUUUGAAAACUCUCCAUUCGAGUUCCAAUGUAAUAAAAGUUAACUAUAGGUCAAAGUACGAAGCCGGGGCGCACACCAAUCAGCAAACUAUAAAUUAUAGUGUAAAACCAUUCAUACAGGACGACCGAGGUCUUAUUACAGAGACACACAUAUGAACCAAACCAACAAACCACAUCUGUGGAAUAAUAGGUUACUGACCUAGGACAAGCGCAUACAAAUGCAGAAUGUGUUUGAUAUAUUAACUAGUAUUUCAAGAUAAGUUAAAACAUAGCUGUUAAUCAUAAAGUUAAAUCAUCAAUUUGUUUUAUCAUUAAAAGAAAGCUUCGUGUCGAAAGUUGUGAAAUCAAGGUAACAUUUUUUGGAACAGUUCAUUAAAGAAUAAGUGUCUAGCUGGCUAGUUUUGUCAUUUUCAUAAGGUGAGCGUACUGA